AUAGCAUUGUAGUAGUACAGUUUAGGCCUCUCAUUGGAAGAAACCAGCGAAACGAGCUUACACAGCAAUAUGAGCUACACUGGAAGCACGAGAGGGCAACAAAAAAGUCCAGAAUCUGGCCAUGGAAUAGAUUGGUUGGAUGGCCUAGUUGACUGGCUGACCGACACAAUGGAAAGUGUUGGAGACAAUUCUCGUUGCACUGUUGGGAUAUCGACGCUGUUGGGAAGGCUCUCUGAUUGGCUGAGAUGUGUGGCAAGUGGUGGCUUACUGGUCAAUGGAGACGUCACAACUACAUCUUGUGAUGAAAAAGUUGAGGACAACCAGGGCCAUGGUUUUGGGUCAAGAAAUCAAAAAGAAACUGUGAGAAUACAAAAUGCAGAAUAUGAAGUGAUGCAGUGCACAGAAUGCCUGGAAGUUCUUGCAAUGCAGUUGCAAUAUUUGCUGUUUCCAAAGUUAACCAGACAGGUAUAUAUGUUCCAGUCUGUAAGCAAUAAUGUCUGGGCAAGCUGUGUGUAG